AUGACAUUGUCCACUUGUACCACCUUAGGCAUCAUUGUUGCCUCUCUACUCCUCAUCACUCCAAUCUCUUAUUCUUCUCAACUUGUCAUUAGAAAUAUUGUUGAUGAUGAGCACAAAAUCUCCUGCUCCAUCCCAGAAAACGAUAUUGAUCUUCUUGAAUUUCCUCUAAAUUUAGAGUACCUUGGGGCAGAGUUCUUUCUACAUGCCUCAAUGGGUCAUGGCUUGGAUAGAUAUGCUCCAUCUUUAGCCUCAGGAGGUCCACGCCCCCUGGGUGCUAAGAAGGCUAAUCUUGAUCCUUUCAUUAGAGAUGUUAUCGAGCAAUUCGCAUGGCAAAAUGUGGGACAUUUGAGGGGCAUUAAGAAGACGGUAGAGGGAUUUCCAAGGCCAUUGUUAGAUUUGAGGGCAGAAUUAUUUGCCAAAGUUAUGGACAAGGCAUUUGGGCGAUCACUAUCUCCACCUUUCGAUCCUUACGCCUCUGGACUAAACUUCCUCAUUGCUUCUUACAUGAUCCCCUAUGUUUGUCUCACAGGAUACAUUGGAACAAACCAAAGACUUGAAGGCUCCGCUUCCAAGCAGCUUGUCGCAGGACUCCUGGCAGUAAAGUCUGGGCAAGAUGCAAUUAUCCGAGGAUUACUUUACCAACGAGCAUUCGAGAAGGUGCAGCCAUAUGGGAUAACUGUAGCAGAGUUCACAGAUCGCAUUUCAGAUCUAAGGAACAAGCUAGGGCAUAGAGGUCUAAAAGAUGAGGGCCUUAUAGUUCCCCAGUACCAGGGGGCAGAAGGCAAAAUUAGAGGUAACGUGCUGGUUGGAAACCAGUACUCGGUUGGGUUUGCAAGGUCUCCUAGGGAGAUACUGAGAAUUGUGUACGGAGGAGGUAACGAACAUUCUGUUGGAGGUUUCUUCCCUCAUGGAGCUAAUGGUCGCAUUGCUAGAUCUUAUAUUCAUUAGAUCAUGCGGCUAUACCAAGGCAUUCCAUAAUAAUAAUGAGUGCUGUUGAAUGUUCCUAUUGUUUGAACUUCAUGAUCUUUAUAAAGCAAUAAAUUUAGCUUUUAUAGA